AUCCAACAGUUUUUGGCAACCUACCACCAAGUGAAGAAUGUGUUUGGGCGCUCUGUGACGCAAUAAAGUCAGGAAAGGAUAACUGCUACAAGCCAGCUCAUGGAUGCAAAGAGGCACGAAAUACCGUUGCAAAAUACAGUUCAACACCUGAAUACAUCGUGGAUGCUGAGGAUGUUGUGUUGGCCAGCGGUUGCUCUGGAGCAAUCGAGAUAGCAUUGAACGCCCUAGUUCAUCGUGGUGAUAACAUCCUAAUUCCAAGACCUGGUUUCUCUCUUUACAAAUGCAUCUCUGGAUCGAGGGGAAUUGAAGGACGAUCUUAUAAGCUCUUUCCUGAAAAUGGUUGGGAAGCCGACUUGGACAAUAUGGUUUCACUUAUUGACGAGAGAACAAAGCUUAUUGUCGUUGUCAACCCAUCAAAUCCCUGUGGUUCUGUGUACAAAAGAGAACAUUUGGAAGAAAUUUUAAACAUUGCUGAAAAAUACCGCGUCCCAGUUCUCUGUGAUGAAGUUUACGCGCAUGUCACAUUCGGCAAAGAGCCUUUCCAUAGCAUGAGAAGUUUAACAAAAAAUGUUCCUCUUAUAGUUGUCGGUGGCAUCGCCAAAAGGUUCUUGGUGCCAGGUUGGCGUAUCGGAUGGAUUGUAAUUCACGACAGAAAUGAUUUCUUUGGUUUUAAGAUAAGACAAGCCUUACGACGUCUCUGUCAGGUUAUUGUUGGUCCAUGUUCGGUGAUACAGGCUGCACUACCGACGAUUCUUUCCGAUUGCCCAGCUGAGUUCUUUGAAAAAACACUCAAUCUUAUGAAGAAAACAUCAAAUAUAUUCUACGAAAGUCUUUCAUUGCUGCCAGAACUUUAUCCAGUUCGCUCACAAGGUGCUAUGUAUAUGUUGAUCGGUAUCAAAGUUGAUAGGUUACACAACGUGAAAGAUGAUGUUGAUUUUACACAGAAAUUAAUGGCCGAACAAUCAGUUUUUGUUUUGCCAGCAACGUGUUUUCAAUGCCCCAACUUUUUUCGCGUUGUCCUCACAUGUCCCGUGGAAGUCGCGCGAGUCGCUUGCGAGAGGAUCGCGCAGUUUUGUCGUGAUCAUCGAAAGAACGCUUUGACCAAUGGACACAUAGAACAUGGGAAUGGGAUUCAUCACGUCAACGGUUAUUGAUAUUUCAAAAAUAAUAUCAUAGAACUUCUAAAAACUCAAAAAAUAUGGCGAUGGCGGCUUCUGUAGGUUCUUAGUCUGUGCCAAAUCAAAAAUGGCGGCAAGUUUAGCGUUCUAGUUUGUGUCACAAACAUGGACGCUACUUGAG